UGGAGCAAGAAUCACAAGUGUACUGGAUUCAGAUAAUCAGUAUUCUGUUGGCUGGUAUCUAUCCUGUGUAAUUUAUUACAAAUUCAUAGUUUAGAGUUCUUAGUAGAUAAGUAUGCAUGUCCCUUCUCCUCCUGAUGUUGCAGGUCAUGCCAACACAACAGCUGUAACUUUCUACUGAAAUGUUAAUGUAUAAUAAGAAUGGAAAAUAUUUAUUUUUUUUCUCUUGUAAAUCGACAAUGAAAACAAUAGUAUGUACUAUAUUCUUUAUAUACAGUCAUUGCUACAUAUAGAACUGAUUGUACAAAGAGCAAAGCCAUUGCAAAUAAGUGCUUGAGCCUGCACUGCUGAGCAGUUUGAAACAGCUUGUUUUGACUUGUGCAUUUUAGUAUUUAAAAUUUGUUUGUCCUGCACAAACAGCACAAUAGUAUUAGGUAUCUGGAAGCCUUCUUUUAUUAAAAAAAAAAAAACAAAAAAACAAACAAAUGAAAGCGCAAAACAACCCUAAACCAAAACUGGAAGUGUGUGAGCUGUGUUUUUCAAAAGGGGAGGGGGCACUGAACCAGAAUCUUGGCAUCAGGAACCUGUGGCUGUUACUUGAUAUAUUCCUCAUGAUGUGAUAAAUUCUUUAAUUUCUUUUCUUAAUUUUUUUUCUCAUUUGUGUACCCUGUGGGGUCCUCUUGACAGGUCUUGAGGGCUUUGCCAGCUGUUGCUCAGCUCCUAGCAGAGUUUGUGUCACGGCGUGUGAAAGCUGGGCAGCACAUCCUCAGAGAUGCUGAGACACCUCUUCUGUGCAAAGGGGGUUUAAAAGCUGUGCCUGCUCAGACUAGUCCUGGUGAGAUGCUCAGGCACCCUUAAAAUCUUGUUUCCCAGCCUUCAGUGCUCAGGGAAUAGCACUUGCCAGUUCUCUUUGAGGGGAGUGGGGGUGGAAAUAAAUCCACCCACUGUGCUGACUUUACAGGACAGUUUUGAGCAGUGUUAGUAUUGGUGUUUUCUUGCUGACUCCUUUGCUUCUGAGUAAAUUGUAUCAGCAGCUUCCUCCAAACCUGAGGAGCUUCAACAGCACUCCUGCUGUGCCAGUUCUUGGAGCUGAGCUCACAGCUUGGGCACGCUGAGCUGCUGUCACUCAGCCACUGGCAUUGCAGAAGGGAUAGAAGGAACCAGAGAGCAGGAAUUUGGGAUCUGGCAGGGGAAAGUGCCCCCUCCUGCUCUGGAGUGCUUGUUGGAAACCAGUGUGGGCCAGGGCAGAGAUGGCUUUGCUCCAGCCAAGGGACUGCUGCAGAAUUUUAACCCAGAGAUGUGGGAGCUGUAGUAGGGGAGACAGAAUUUCUCUCUUGAUUUUGGAACAUUUCCUUCUGCCCCACCCAAAAACUGGGCUCUACAGCUGUAGGAUUGGUUGCUGAAUGACACUCCCACACCAUGCCUGUACUUGUGUGUGUGUAUAUAUAUAUAUAUUUAUAUAUAUAUGUAGCUGGACAGUGUGGGAGCUGGUCAUGACAGAGCUGGUGUGUUAUGAUACACAGUUAGCUGCUACAUCCAAAAUGUCUCCUAAUAACUGGGCCUUCACGUAUUUUCAGUCACACAGAUCUUGUACCUUAACUGUAAACAUGCAGCAAAAGUCUUGGUCACAACAGCUGCCAGCUGAGGAAACACUUGCUGACCCCACAUUUGUCUCACACCUCUGGAAUUGCACCCCACAUCCUGGAGUUUUGCACUUUCCUUCUCAGCUGCAUCCAUCAUAUCAAUCUCCCAGAGCCCAGCUUUGAAGUUUGAAACAGCCAGCAACUGCUUCCAUGCUGUUCCUGGGGACAAAACCCAGCCCUGGCCUUCCCCUUCAACUUGCAGCCUGUAAACUGCACCACGUGCAGGUCUUUGCUCUUUCUUUUCACUGUGUGUGCCCUCAGAUUAUCUCACAGAAUCUAUGUCCAAAAUUGAAAAAACUCUAGCAGCUGCUCCCUCAGAGAAGGUCCUGGAAGAAAGAGCCAGUGCUGGACUACACCUUUCUUCUGUAACUUAUAAACUGCACUGAGGUGAUUCACUUUCCCUUCUUCAGUAUCCAAACCUGAAGCCCUCCCCUACUUGCUCCCACUAAAGGUGCCAGGACAAAAAAGAUGUUGGCUUUUACCUUCCCACUGUCACCAUUCAGCACUCCACCCUCUAUUCCUGUGCACUUCCUAGCCAAUUAAAUGUCCUGUGAUGCUGCCUCAGAAACCCAAAGGGCACAUCUGAAGCCAAAAGUGUCUAGACUGUACUGGCAAAAUGUGCCAGGGCAAAAAGAAACACAUUUAUUUUGGAAGGCAAGCAGCUGUCCCUGGUGUUCCUGGUGCAGAUAAGAGGCUCCCCAGGGGAGGUAAAGGCCAGCAGCUGCCUUUUUCACGGCACUUCCUGUGUGGGAGCAAUCCCCUCCCAGGAGCCCUGCACCAAAAUUUGAGUGCUGCUUCCAGUGUUGAAUACAUCCACCAGGGACUGCUCUAACACUGAAGUUCUCUCCAAGGAGCUGCUGCUGGUUUCUACCUCCCUGGGGCAGCAUCUCCUGCACCACCAGCGACGGGGUGAGGUGCUUUCCUUAGCAGAUAAAGACAUCCUCAUCCUCUUUCUGGAGCUCACCUCCAGUGUUUGGAUACCAGCUCCAAAACUGUGUGUGUCCAGGAAUCUCUUUCAGAGAAGCCUUUCCAGAACAGAAAACUCUGGUUUAUACCUCCCUAGGGAACCCUGUAAUGUCAUCCUUUUCUUUCAGGUGGCCAGUAGCUGACAAGGAUGAAUAAAUGUCUGCCUUAUUUAAAUUGACAAUGAUUAGAUGAAAAUAUAAAAAGAGAAAAAUGCAAAAUGGCAAAACAUCAAUCUGAUCAGAAUUACUUACUGCACAGUAAAGCUGCUAAUACAGUGCUCUAGGUAUUGCACCAAUAACAGAGCCAGCUUAAUUACUCUCUAAUAGGGGUUGAUGUCACUCAUCCAUGUCACUGACCAUGGGCAAGCCUCUCACUCAGCCUCCAGAGCUGUCCCUGAGGGGUGUUCCCACCCAAGGGAAGGAUCUUCCUGCAUCUCAAGGAGAUAUGCUGGGAAAACUGGGACUGAUCUUUUGUAGUAUGAAGAGGUUGAUUGUCCUGCAAAGUUUAGAUUCUGUGUUGUCCUCAGCAGAACAUGUUUGAGUCAGAUGUUACCAGCUCAUUGGUUUCUGCUCAAAGCUUCCAUCUCUCACUUCCCUACCAGGCUCUUCCACGUCCCUGUUGAUGCCCACCUCAGCCAGAGGGGCACCCUCAGGAGGGGCCUCAUUUGAAAGAGUUUGGUCAAGCUGUCUCAGCAUUCUUCACCACUGAGCCCAGUGUUCUACUAAACCCCCUGGUUUUUAAUCCAUCACCAAAAACUUGUAAAUAAGACAAAGAAGGGGUUCUUUAAAGCUGUCCCAGCCCUUCCAAAUGGAACAGCUCUAGUGCCCCUGCCCCUCAUAAUGCAGUUGCUUGUUCCACACACCAGUCCUGUGGUCCCAGGAACAGGAGAGCUUCAUCUCCAUCCUUUACAGAGAGAGCGAGACCCCUCUGGAGCUAUGUCUCUGUCUCCAGCUCCAAUCCCUACAUUCCCACUGCUUUCAGCUCUCCCUCUUGGCUGACUGGUUUCUAGGUUUGCCUCAUAUCCAAGUUUUCAUCCAUUACAUGUGGCUGUGUCACCUUAGGGCAGAUGGAAUCUCACUGGAGAAGUGGGAAAUCAGGUGGAUGCAUCAAAAACACUCUCCCACCUUUGAGUAAGUCAUGAAGGUCUGCACGGACUCUGCAUUUAAGUGAGAAAAGGCCUCCAGAAGAAAAAGAAAGAUGGCAUUAUCUACUUAGAUGUUUUUGCUUCAAUAGACUGGAAAUGGUAGAGUUCAAGGUCUGGGUAAGAGGCAUCCAUCCCACCCCUUCACUGCCCCACCAGCUUUGUGGUUCUGUGCUUGCUCUGCCAUGUAACCCUGCCCCUCACUUAAUCUGCUUAUUAAAAGCAUUUCCCCAGUUUUUCCAAUGUUGCAGCCUCUUCCACUCAUUUGCCCCACUGCUUUCUCCAAGGGACAGGUUUUAUCCUGCCUUCCUUUCUCAAAGAAAGUCCUUUCUUUGCACUUUUUGGCCUCAGCUUCUGGAGUUCUGUGGUUUUUGCUGUGUGCCCAAGUGUGUUAAAAAGGAGUAAAUAUUCCAUAUGAAGAAGAGGGGGAAUAACUUGCUCCCAUGGACUACAGACAAAAAGAUAAAAUUUAAAAAGAGAAACUGCCUGGGAAGCCUCAUCAUUUUAGGUCAUUUUUGUUACCUUGGCAUUUCCAAUCUCCUUCAGAGAUGAUGGCGGUGGCUUGCCCUGCAGUUUGAUUGCCCUCAUCCCUGGGUGUCUGUGGACCAUUUCUAGGCCCCGCUGCUUGCCCCGUGUCACAUCCUGGCCUGCCUUGGCCACCAGCCACCCUCGUGUCCUCUGCCGUGACCACCUCAGGGGUGCGGGGCCAGGCUGGCUCGCUGUGCAAAGCAAAGGGGACUCCAGGCUGUCCAGGUGGAUGGACACGGGUGUCCCCUGCUGCCCUCAGCUGUCACCCCAGUGCCACUCGGCCCUGCCCGGGGACCUGCCAUGCGGGGACAGCCGAACUCUGCUCCCAGCGCCCCGGGGCUGCCCCUGCAUCUCCGAACGCCUCCCAUGUGACUGCAGGUCACAGGGCUUGGCCACACCUGUGCCACUCACAGCUAUCUUCAUCUGUCAGCAGGAAGCAGGGAGGAAAGGAACCAGAGCAGGAAGGGGAGAAAAGAGGAAGAAACGAGAGCGGGAAGGGCAGGAAAGGAGGGAGAGGGAGAGAGAGGUAAGGAGGCUGCAUUCAGCAGUGAGGAGCAGAGCGGACAAGCACCGUGCCAGAGGCUUCCAAUGUCCUCCUCAACUUCCACCAGCACUUUGCCCAGCGGCCUGGCCGUCCUGACCACCUUCCCAGAUGUGCUCUUCAUCCCCGAAAUCAUCUUUGGGGGCCUUGUGUGGAUCCUGGUGGCAUCCUCGAAGGUCCCAGACCCCAUGCUGCAGGGCUGGGUGAUGUUUGUCUCUGUGUUCUGCUUCGUCAUGUCCAUCUCCCUCCUGUGCCUCUACCUCUGCGGGGCUCACGGCGGCGGCGGCAGCUGCUGGGUCACCUUGGAUGUCAUCUGCCACAGCACGGCAGCGCUGUUCUACCUCAGUGCCGCGGUGCUGGAAGCCUACAUCACCUAUUCCCUCAGCUUCUUCCUGCCCCUGGCACAGAAGUACAGGGAGAACAUUGCUGCCGUGGUAUUUGCAUUCGUGGCCACCCUGCUUUACGUGAUCCACAAGGUGUUCUCGCUCCUGCGGUGGAAAUCGUCCUGAGAGCCUGAACAACGCCAGGAACAACGUCUGCCAUCUCCAGGCUGGGUUUGGGUUUUGGUUUUUAAUGUAUAGCCUAGAAACAAGCAGCUUUUUAUGUGGGAUCUUGGUGAUGAAGACAUGGAGCCUGCCAGAGAAAGGAAUAUCCUGGCACAAUCUGUUUCCCUUCAAUAGCUUACAGGCUGGGUACAGUUUGAUUAUAUUGCCAAAAAAAAAAAAAAAAAAAAAAAAAAGCCAUCCAGCUUUAAAAAAACAUAAUAUAGUUGGGUUCAAAGGGCUAAAAUAUCCCUGGACUUCACCUUUAUGUGUCCAGGAUUGUUACUGCUAUCAUGGGAAAAGUGAACAAGCACCAAGAGGCACAAGUGUGAAACUGUGUCAUUUUAAUUGCUGUGUGCCCAUUUAAGUGUGUUUCCCCUCCUAAAACUGCUGCACAAAUUAAUAUUUUCAUGCAGUUUCUGAAAAUGCCUUCUCUGACUUGCAAUGAGCAAUGGGAAUAUUUACUUCAGCUCAGGAGCAAUGUGGAUCACUGCAGCUCCUGAAGGGUGCUGUUGAAUGCUGAGGCACGCCGUAAGGUCAGGAAUUACCACUGCCCUUGAUCUCACCCCUACAAAGCACAGCCUGGAAGGGGCCCAGUGGGCUGUAGGAGAAUUCCCUGGGUGAUCAGAAUCAAAUCCUCAGCAAGCAGAAGCAAUCAACUCCUGCACUUGGUGGAUGGCUACUCUCUCACACACUGCCACGGUGUCUCUAAUAAAGAUGGGUUUGCUGUGA